CAAAAAGUAUUUUGGGUUUUGUUGGGGAGGGUGAGGCGCAAUGUUGUAAUUUCACAUAAACCUGGGGAGGGAGAUGGGGAAGGGCUAGGGUUUCGCGUCCCGUUUAUAUAAGCUGGUCUUUUUUAGAUCUGCUGCGGCUGGUGCGUGUGUCGGUUCGCUCCUCUAUCUCUCUCUCUCUGUUCGCGCAUACACAGUCAUUCAAUCUCUGCAUGUCGGUUUCUUUUAGAUUCCAAUACUUUCCGUUUCAACAACCAUAGAUUCCCUCUCCCUCACUCUCUCUCUCUCUCUCUCUCUCUCUCUUCCUCUCUCUCACUCUGUCGUUCAUAUCGAAGAUAAUCUUCGCUUUCUAUUACGCUCUCUGGGGUGAUCUCUGAUCUACUCUUUUCAUCCUGAUACUUCUGCGUUUGUUGUGACUAUCGUUGGGUGUUUUAGUAGCCACCCACUUUCUCGUUUGAGCAUAUAAGCGGACCCAGUUUAGCUAUUUGGUUUCUCUCAGCUGGGUUUUGUUCAGAUCUUUAUAACAUAUUGCAAAGAAAUGGGGGAUCUGAGCGAUAUAGGAUCGGAGUCUGAGGACAUGAAUACCAAAAACCCAAAUGGGGUUUCAUCCGAAGAAAGCCACAAGAAGACCUGUGCCGAUUGUGGCACCUCCAAGACCCCUCUAUGGCGAGGUGGCCCAGCUGGUCCCAAGUCACUGUGCAAUGCGUGUGGGAUCAGAAGCAGGAAGAAGAGAAGGGCUACACUGGGUUUGAACAAAGAGGACAAAAGGCCCAAGAAAACAAGUAUUUGUCGCAGCAAUAGUAAUACUAAGAUAGGGGAUAAUUUGAAGCAGAGGUUGUUGGCUCUGGGAAGAGAGGUGUUGAUGCAGAGAUCGACGGUCGAGAGGCAGAGAAAGAAGUUGGGGGAGGAGGAGCAAGCGGCUGUGUUGUUAAUGGCUCUCUCUUAUGGCUCUGUUUAUGCUUAGGUUGUCCAAAGAAGUGUUACAAAUUGUAGGAGUUGGAUGUGAAUCCUGACCUUGGAAGUGUAUUUUCAAUAUUAAUUAAUGUUAUUUAUUUAUUUAUCCUUAUAGUUGGAAAUUAAUUUUUUCUUUGUUCUUUGUUUCUGUAGCUAGUUUUAGUAUUUAUUUAACUAACUGAUUUUUGGGACAAUGUGAAUGUCUGAACAAGUGUGAGAAUUGGGAAUUUCCUCAUCCUAAUAUUGCCAGCUAAAGUUG